AUGCCUGCCAAUGCCCCCCACGACCUUCUCACCACACACUCAUUACAUGUCAUGUUCUCAAAAGCUAAAGAAGCAGAUGUAAACACAUCCAUGCUGGAUUCCGAAAAACUCACAGCCCUAAGAUUGGCCGAGGAUCUGAACAGUUUUUUCCUCACUGGUGACCCAGGAACCGGCAAGACCUUCACCCUCCUAAGGAUCAUUGAGGUUCUAUUGACACUCCUUAAACUGUCCCAGUUAGGGAUCACAGCAAGCACUGGAGCUGCUGCAAAUAGGCUCCAGGUCAUGAGCACUACUGGCCAAGCAACAAAGGCCAAUCCCAGCAUCCUACCUACUUCAUCUGGAGACUGUCCGCCUGUAUUUCAAGCUACGAUAUACUCCGCCUUGGACCUGGCCCAAUCCACAGACAAAAAACGACUCUUAUUGUCAGCGCCUGUCGGCUCAAUCGUCCAGCUCAAAGUUGGAGCGUGCAUCAUCCUACACAAGAACAUAGGCAAAGGUCUCUUCAAUGGCAGUAUGGGCAUCAUCUUAGAUUUCUAUUCCUCACACCAUGUUUUACCACCAGACAAGAGGGCCAAGAAGCCACAAACCUUGCGUUCUAUUCACAAUAUUAAAGUUGACGACAAUGGCCUCCCAAUCCAUGCACCACCAGGUCCAGUUUGCACACUCAGAGGCUGUGAACAAAUGCUUUUCCUCCUGGUCAAGUUUGAAAUCGGCUCAAUGCACAAGCAUGUUCUCGUUCUUGACGAGGAGUUUGUGUUUCAAUCAGUCAAAGGCAAUAAAGAAUAUAUGGCCACACACUUUCAGGUCUAA